UGGUACUUCUCCGUUACACGACCUCCCUCGCUUUUUUACCUUCCGAAGUCGCUCGCCGUCGUCUUCGCGUAGCGCGCACCAUUCAAUGCCGGGCCUGCGGGCAUCGCCGACGCGUCUUCGCUAAACGCGUCCUCCGACGCCUCUCCUAUACCUUUACCCGCCCAACACCAGCCCAAAGGCGCCGUUCCAAGUAUUGCAUUGAACUGCAGUAGACGCUCACGCAUUGUGUUGCCUCCAUCGUACCUGGGAAGUGUAGUCACCACGGCUCCGCAUACCACGCAGCGCACUGCGUAGCCGAAGAAGGUACCGCAGUCAUCGCGGCAGGACUUCAUUCGAUCCGGCCCCCACGCCGCGACCCGGAAAAGCCCGAAUCGAGAAGAAGCAACGUUUCUUUUUUUCUUCGUCAACGCAGAAGCACGAUUAGAUGCCGUGGAUUGCGCGGUAAAUAUCGAAGACCACGUCGGCUGAACCUCGACGGACGACGCUGCCGUAACAUCUGCAUAAGUGCUCAUAAGUGUUCUUGGCGGUGGUAAGGAGUGCAUUCCAGCCUUAGCAUCACUGACUGGCUACUUACAGCGAGGUCCUACUUCAAGCUCCUGGGGGACCAGCUCAUCGUCACAGCUGCGAGGGAAGAUAUUAAAAACGGGCGUCGUUCAACAGGUUCUAACUGCUAUGGGUGGACGCAGGCAGCCAGCAAGUACAUCGCUAUUCAUCAACCUUCUCAUUGCCAUCACAGCCUGCACUGGUCAGAAGCUUCAAGCUGUAGAAAGCAAUGGAGUGUUCUUUUCAGGACUCCCGAGGCCACCGUCUGAAACAAAUGCGAUAACGGCAAAAGGGGGUGGCGACCUUUUCGGUAACACACUUGGCAGAGGUCUGCAGGAAAAAUUUACAACACCUAAUCCACUGAAGACUGGGUCCACACCGUUCGACUUCCGAUUCAAUUCAGCAAAGCCAGACAAUCGUUUCGUCAUGCUUCCAGCGUCUGGCCCAAGAACUCCCUCGACCUUCGUCACAAGACCAACGUUCUUCACCGGUGGUGCUCCGACGACAACGGCACCUCGCGCGUUUGUACCCACAACUCCACGGCCCGUGCCACCGCCGCCACCACCACCGCCCCGACCGCCGGCAUUCCGGCCUCCGACGUUCGCACAGACGACAUCUCAGCAGGCAACGCAGAGGCUGACGACAUUCAGACCGGUGACGCAGCGACCGACGACCGAGAGACCUGUGACAGAGCGGUUCACGACUCAAAGGCCUACGACACAGAGACUUACAACGCAGAGGUCUACGACGCAAAGACCUAUCACUCAGAGGCCGACUACUCAAAGGCCAACGACGCAGAGGCCUACAACACAAAGGGUCACUACACAGAGGCCUACGAUACUGAGACCAACGACACCGAGGCCCACAACGCCGAGGCCGACGACUGCGAGGUUAACAACGCCAAGGCAGACGACACUGAGGCCUACGAUACCGAGGUUAACGACGCCAAGGCAGACGACGCCGAGACCCACGGUGCCGUUCCCGACGACGCCUAGGCCCACAACACAGAGGCCUACGACACCGAGACCUGUGACGCAGAGGCCCACAUUGCCGCCAAGACCUGCGCCAUCUCUGAGGCCUACGAUUCUGCAGGAGCUUCCACCCACACCGAGGCUUGCUUUCCAACCUGGCACUGCACAAAACGCAGUUUUCACAGGGAGACAAGCCAACACCGUUCUUCCCCGUCGUCCCAUCUUCACCCGCACAACGUCCGCCAGGUCCUGUCGCAACAACCAGGCAACCUACUCCAUUUUUCCCCAUAAACACAACUCCACCAUCGCAGGUUGCCGAAAGGUCUUUCAAUGCCAUCAACAGCGCUCGCCCUUUCGUACCAGUUCCUACGACUACGAGGAGACGUAUUUUUGUACCAGCUAGUGCUCUGAGUUCUGGAACGCUACCGACCACAACGACAUUAAGACCACCCACUCGACUUGCAACGGUCAACUUUGGAACGUCGUUCUCAACGUUCCGACCGGCGACACGACCGACCUCGCCACCUCCGACAGGCACCGGCUUUUCGUUCUGCGACCAAAGGCAGUGCGUGAAGAUGUGUCGUGAACGCUUCGGCGAAAGGCUCAACUCUUCCAGUUGCCUGGCAAACGC